UGAUAGUGCCGCGAUGAAGUUGACAAGGCAAACGCUGGCUUUCUUGUGCCUGGGGCUCUUUGUUGUCCUGCUCUCGGGAGCUGGUGCAGCUACCGACUCCGAGUCCUCCACUGCAGCAGGGUCCACGGUGGCCUCAACGACGGAAGCCUCUUCGGCGGACAGCUCCAGCUCGUCCGACGAUGACACCGCCAGCAGCUCCGACGUGGAUGCCGGGUCGUCCGAUGACGCUGCCGACUCCGGUGAUUUGGAUUCCUCAGACUCAGACGCGGAUUCAGACUCGGAUUCGGAUUCGGAGACGGACGAAACCGAAACCACUUCAGCUCCCGUGGUAAAAAAGAAGAAGGCCAGCAACAGAAGGAACAGGGCCAGUGGCAACAGGAAGAGGGCCAACAAAAACAACAAGAAGAAGGCUAGCAACAGCAAAAAGAGGGCCGCCAACAACCGCAGGAAGAAGAACAACAACCGUCGCACGAACCGCAGCAACAACCGGCGCAAGAACAACGCCAGGCGACGAGGAUAGACCAGCAGCUCCCCUAGACAACCCACUCAACACCUCAAAUCCGGACCGAAUGCCUAAUAAAUAACUUUUUUUUUUCAAGAUUCAAUAA